AUGGGUAUACUAAGAUCUGAGACCAUGGUACAUGGUACCUUGGUCAUACCGCACGAAAGAGCAAAAGGAUGUGUUGAUUUAUUGAGCAGACACACAAACAUACAAUACGUAGAUAUGAAUGCAAAGAGAAUGGAUAGGCCAUAUAAAAAGUAUGUCCAACGCAUAGAUAAAAUGGAACGUAUGAUCAGGGUCCUGUAUGAAGAAAUUGCAAAACUUCCAAACGCCAAGAUAAUAAAACACAACAUUGAUAAUUUUCUGCAUUAUGAUCAUAUGUAUCGUUUAGAUCAGGUGGAAGAAUCACUAAUAAAGUUGUACGAUCAAUUUCAAAUGUUUAAAGAGAAUGACUUACUACUUAGAUCUGAACGUGAUAACGCCUUGAAUGAAUAUUAUGUGAUGCUAGUGGCCAAAAAACAGCUAAACCCCCAGGUUUUGGACAGACCGGUCAGUAUGGACAUACCACGUGCAUCGCUUUCGUUGCCAAUGGGUAAUUCGGAUGAUUUAUCCGAUUCAAAAGAAUAUUUGUUAACAGAUAUGAACCGGAAUGACACUGAAAUGGCUAGUAUGACGCCAGACGAUUCAGGCUUACAAUCAUCUCGCUCAUUAUCAUUCACAAAUCUAGCAGGGUUAAUAAGUUCCCAGGAGAAGGAGGCAUUCUCUAGAGCUAUUUUUAGGGCCAUGCGUGGAAAUGUAUUUACAAUUUUUCAUGAUACAGAUGAUCUAAAGGAUGCCAUCUUAUCUAAAGAACUGAUUGACGAUGAAGAAUUGCUCGCGGAUGAUAACAAGACAGUAUUUGUAAUUUACUGUCAAUCAUCAAGUACAAGUGUAACAUUUAAUAAACUAAAAAAAUUGUGCAAUGGAUUUCAAGCAAAGCUAUUCAAUUGGUCGAAGACAUCUGCCGAAACCAUUACACGUCUUUCAUCACUGGAAGAAAUAAUUCGUGAUAAGAAACGUGCGCUAGAGGCAUACAAAAAAUAUUUCAGAGAUGAGAUUGCGUGUUUAUUGGAGGUUAUACGUCCAGAUGGGAAUAGUGUUAUAGAGGAAUGGUGUCUAUUUUGCAGAAAGGAAAAAUAUUUGUACUAUAUAUUGAAUCAUUUUGAGGGAAGCGAUAUUACUUUGCGCGCUGAUUGUUGGUUUCCAGCAGAGGAAGAAGAAAAAAUAAGGCAGCAUCUGUUAUCCGAAAAAGUUCAUGGCAGUGUUAAUGCACUACUGUUGAUAGAUAACCAAUCUGGUAUAAAGGCAACCUCUGAUCAUCAUGACCAGGAUAAAUCACAAAUCCCUCCUACCUAUAAUAAGACAAAUGUUAUAUCUAAAUCAUUUCAAAACGUAGUGGAUACUUAUGGUGUUCCUAGAUAUAAGGAAGUUAAUCCAGCUCCGUUUACGGUUAUAACCUUCCCAUUUUUGUUUGGCAUAAUGUUUGGUGAUAUAGCCCAUGGGCUUUGCAUCACAAUAUUUGGUUUAUUCCUGAUUUUCAAUUAUCAUAAGUUAAAGCGAAAGUUUUCGAGUGAUAUCGCUGGUAUGAUAAUUGAGGGUAGGUAUAUGAUUUUUCUUAUGGGUAUGAUGGCAACUUACACUGGGUUCAUAUAUAAUGACUUUUUGUCCAUACCUAAUAAUUUUUUUGGCACAGGUUGGGUCGUUCCCCCAAAUUCUUCUAGUUCACGAGUUAUUGAUGGGGAUGGAACCUAUUUUCAAGAAUUGGUUCCAUCAAAGACGAGCUUUCCGAUCUUUUUCGGAUUGGAUUCAGCUUGGAUUGGUGCAUCAAAUGAACAGUCUAUGUUACAUUCGUUUAAGAUGAAGUUUUCUGUAAUCGUAGGAUUCCUACAGAUGGCAAUGGGAAUAAUUCUCAAGGGACUCAAUUCUGUUUAUUUUUCAAGCAAAUUAGAUUUUUUCUUUGAGUUUAUCCCGCAACUGGCGAUGAUGUGCAGCUUUGUUGGUUACAUGAAUUUUUUAAUAUUUUAUAAAUGGAUGACCCCUGUGGAAGGACACGCGAAACCAAGCAUAAUUUCCACUAUUAUUGACAUGUGCCUGAUGAAAAAAUUAGACAAGGGUUCAGUAAUGUACAGUGGCCAGGAACAGGUCCAGAAGGCACUCAUCUUUGUGGUAAUACUGGCUGUUCCAUUAAUGUUGAUUCCAAAACCUUUGAUUACUCUUUUAUCAGCUCGCAAUCAAGAAAGGAGUAGUUUUUCAUAUGAUUCUAAACGCGACUAUGAAAUGGUAUACUGUGGUGACGAUGAGGACUUGAAUUUGAUUGCAAGAAAGAAUAUACCGAAUUAUCCUACAAAGAGGUCCAAUGCGGAAUUGGCAUCUGUAAAAUUUAAGAGGGUUGAAAGCAAAUCCAGCCAUGACCAGUUUUCUGUUACCAUACAGAGGGAAGAUGAUUCAACUUUAAAUUUGGAGUCACACGUUCAACACCCUCAUAAAGUAAAAGCUGGUGAUUUAUUUAUUCAUCAAUUUAUUGAAACAAUAGAAUUUUCGCUCGGAACUAUAAGCAAUACGGCUUCUUAUCUUAGACUUUGGGCCCUAUCAUUAUCGCACCAACAAUUGUCCCUCGUAUUUUUUAAGCAAAUCAUAUUUAGUGCUUUUGGAUCUACCAGUGUAUUUUUGUUGGUACCAAGACUAUUUGUACAAUCUAUCUUUUUUUCAUUUGUCACAUUUUUUGUAAUGCUUUGCAUGGACUCUCUGGAAUGUUAUUUACACGCUUUACGUUUGCAGUGGGUAGAAUUUCAAAACAAAUUUUAUAAAGCUGAUGGUGUGGCAUUCAAACCGUUUAAUAUUAGGUUGUUAUUAAACGAGACAGAAGCGCCUGAUUUCAAUUAG